GGAAAUUAAAAGAUCGAAUUUCUAGUGCCUCUUCCUGAAGAUAAGUUCUGUAGCGAUAAGCAAAAGACAUUUUCUACAAGUAUACCGUGAUAUGUGCGUGAGUGUGUGCGUGAACAUUAUCAUUUUGUUCAUAACGAAUACCCAUCAUUGAAGAGCGUCUGGCACGUGGCACGUGAUAAAGGAAGUAAUAGCUUCCUGGGUCCUUGGCAUCUGCGUUCUCCCUCCAUGGGCCCCUUGAGUGGGAGUCUGGUUCUGAUUGCCCCUCAUAGCUCUGCAGAGUGUCAGACAAGUGAGCCUCCAAUGAAAGGAGAGAUAACAUGGGCCCCAUCAUGGAGGAGGAAUUCGGAGUAGAAGAGAUACACCCAAAGAAGACUUGAGGGGUGUAUUAAAAGGGGAGCUGAACUGACACUCAGCUUGUUUGGAUUCCUGUCAAGGCUCUGUGCCCACCAGGACUGUUCAGUGACAAGCUCACCAGUUUUAGCAUGAUGGAGCUGCCCCAACCGUAAAGUAUCUAACGAAAGGAAGCGGUCUCGUCAGCUCCAGGAGUUGGCUACGUUGGGCAGCCCCACUAGGGCAGUGACGUAGCCGCCCGCUACAGUCAGGAGUGUGACCAUCCUGUUUCACUCCCCGGACAGCCAGGAGGGAGAGACCUACCCAACCCCUGCGCCUCCCUCUAUAGCGAUGUCGGAGCUCAGCGACGAAGCCAGCGAGCCAGAGCUCCUGAACCACAGCCUGUCCAUGUGGCACGGGCGGGGGGCGCAGGUCAGCCGGGAGGAGCUGGCUGUCCCUCUGGAUCUUCACACGGCGGCUUCCAUCGGCCAGUAUGAGGUGGUGAAAGAAUGCGUGCAGCGGAGAGAGUUAGAUUUGAAUAAGAAGAAUGGUGGUGGCUGGACCCCGCUGAUGUAUGCCUCCUACAUUGGACACGAUACCAUCGUGCACCUGCUGCUCGAGGCAGGGGUGAGUGUGAAUGUGCCGACCCCGGAAGGGCAGACUCCGCUGAUGCUGGCUUCUAGCUGUGGCAACGAGAGCAUCGCCUAUUUCCUCCUCCAGCAAGGUGCUGAGCUAGAAAUGAAGGACAUUCAGGGCUGGACGGCCCUCUUCCAUUGCACCAGCGCUGGGCACCAGCAGAUGGUCAAGUUCCUUUUGGACAGUGGAGCGAACGCCAAUGUGAGGGAGCCGAUAAAUGGAUUUACCCCUUUGAUGGAAGCAGCUGCCGCUGGACAUGAGAUAAUUGUGCAGUAUUUUCUGAAUCAUGGAGUCAGAGUGGACACGAGAGACCACAGUGGAGCCACAGCCCGGAUGCUGGCCAGGCAGUACGGACACAUGAAGAUCGUGGGGCUGAUUGACGCCCACUCACCGUCUCUGCCCCAGAGCGUCUACCGGAGCCCAGAAAAAUUUGAAGAUCUGAGCUCUUCGGAUGAAUCCUGCCCGGUUCCUCAGAGACAGAGGCCCUGCCGGAAGAAGGGCCUCAGCAUCCACGAGGGGCCGCGAGCCUUGGCCAGGAUCACCGCCAUCGGGCUCGGGGGGAGGACACAGCAGCCUCGCUAUGAGCAGGUGCCUCCCCGGGGCUAUGUCACCUUCAACAGCAGCGAUGAGAACCCCCUGGAAGAGGGGGGCCUCUGCUACAGGGACGUCACCUCCCCCAUCAACGAGCGGGACGUGGAGAGCAGCAGCAGCAGCAGCCGGGAAGAGCACGCCUUCUGUGCCAACCUCGGGGCCGCGCGGAGCAGCAGCAGCAGCGAGGCCCUGGCGAGGGCCCCGGGACUCAGCAGCGAGGCCUCCCUGGAGAGCAAUGAGGAUUCGGAUCAUGCGCGUAAAAGCUCAGUUCGCAAACAAACUAAAAGUUUUGUGAAGACUAAGAGCCGUCACAGCAGUAGUGACAGCCAGUGGCCUCCUGGCACCGGGACUUCCUGUUCCCCGGGAUCUGUCCCCCAGACUGAGAGGUCCCCGUAUUCAGGACCCCAGGACCUGGCCACGCUGCUGGAGCAGAUCGGCUGUCUAAAGUACCUGCAGGUGUUCGAGGAGCAGGACGUGGACCUCCGCAUCUUCCUGACCCUCACCGAGAGCGACCUGAAGGAAAUCGGCAUUACGUUGUUUGGGCCCAAGAGGAAGAUGACCUCUGCCAUUGCUCGCUGGCACAGCAGUGCCCGCCCCCCCAGUGAUGCCCUGGAGCUGGCCUAUGCUGACCGGCUGGAAGCUGAGAUGCAGGAGCUCGCCAUCCAGCUGCACAAACGCUGUGAGGAGGUGGAGGCCAUGCGGGGCCAGGUGUCGCAGGAGCAGGAGCUGCGGGCCGUGGUGGAGAGCUGCCUGCUGGAGCAGGACGGCGCCCGCAAGAACGUCCACGCACAGCUGCAGGAGACCUGGGCCCUCGCCCGGGACGCUGCUCUUAUCCUGGACCAGCUGCGAGCCUGUCAAGCCGAGCUGUCAGCCCGAGUGAGGCAGGACCAGUACCCGCUUGGGGCCACCCUGGGCCCAGCCCUCCCCACAGCUGACGCCAAAGGCUGGCAGGCCUCCUUGCAGGCCCUGAGCCUCCCUGAGCUGUCAGGAGCACUGGAGGAUCGAGUCCGGGAGAUGGGGAGAGUGCUGUGCUCGGUGACCCAGAGCCUGGAGAAGCUGCAGGUGCUCAACGGGAAGGAGAACUGGCGGGAACCUUAGCCGGGAGGGACGAGCUGACGUGGGGUGACGGAUCCACCCUGAAGCUGUGCCCGGAGACAGGAGGGCAGUGAGCGGCGGCCGCAGCAGCUGGGCCCCCAGCAGGGCCAGAGGAUCAGGCCCCAGGAGCAGCCAGCAGACAGAGGCAGGACGGGGCUGUGGCUGGUGUGAGGGCAGCGAGGCCUGCUCUGAGGCAGGACGAGGGUCUCCUGUCCAGAACCUAGGAUUAAGGCCCGGAGCAGGGAGGGCCUUGGGGAGAACGCAGCCCCACACACCACAGGCACCACACUGAGUUUGCCCUGACGGAUGGGGACGGGCACCUGGGCAGCAUAUGCCAUUUGCUGGAAAAUAAAAUUUAAGAUUGGCU